AUGACAUUGAAAAUCAAUAGCUGGGAUGCUUUCAAGUACCACUGGCGCGUCUGGGACUUGAGCGGCUUUCGUGGGCCGCAGAGACAAUCUGUUUGGUAUAUUCCGUAUAAGUUGUACACAAUUGCGAUAACACUAUUGUUUCCGAUCUACUACCCUAUAUGCUUUACGGUGGAAAGUUUCUUAGCAGAUAACCUGAACGACUUCUGCGAAGUGAUCUAUAUCGCCAUGGCCGACAUGACACUUAACAUCAAGUUCCUCACACUAUUUUGUGUACGUCGGCAAUUGUUGGAGCUGAGACCGAUACUUAAGCGCCUGGACGCACGUGCGAAAACCGAAGAAGAAAUGAAUGUUCUACAGGAGGGCAUUGAUUCAGCCAAGAAAUGUUUUCUAAUCAUUUUACGACUAUUUUAUAGCGCUUUCGUCACCAGUCAAUUAAUGGUUAUUUUCUCAGCGGAGGCACGUCUCAUGUACCCAGCAUGGUAUCCUUUCGAUUAUCAGGCAUCACGAAGAAAGUUUUGGAUUGCGUAUGGUUAUCAAACCAUUGGGUUUUUAGUGCAAUGCACACAAGCCUGCUCGGUAGACACUUAUCCGCAAGCCUAUAUGCGUGUCCUUACCGCCCACAUUCGGGCGCUAUCGCUACGUAUCGAACGAAUCGGUCGUCAAAAUUUCAGCGGCGCUUCUUCAGAGCUUACGUGCUCAAAGGAGGAUGAAAUGAAUCGGAAUUAUGAUGAGCUUGUGUCAUGCAUCAAGGAUCACAAAACGAUUAUAGAGUUAUUUUCAACCAUACAAAAGCCCAUCUCUGGCACAUCUAUGGCUCAGUUUGUUUGUACUGGCGUGGCCCAGUGCACCAUAGGGGUUUAUAUGCUGUAUGUGGGCUUUAACAUUUCCAUUAUGUUGAAUAUGGCGGUCUUCUUCGUGUCAGUCACAAUGGAAACUCUAAUUCUUUGCUAUUAUGGCGACCUAUUCUGUCAGGAGUGCGAGGAGCUAUCAAAGGCCAUUUACAAUUGCAAUUGGACAGUUCAGAGCAGUGAAUUUAAAAAGGUAUUGUGCUUCUUUCUUUUCCGCUCACAGCGCGUGAACGUCUUAAUGGCGGGCAAUUGGAUACCAGUAAGGCUGCCAACAUUUGUAAUGGUCGUGAAAUCUUCUUACUCCAUAUUCACUCUGCUAAGCAGUUUUAAAUAA